GCGUCUGCGAAAUGUGCGCUACUAUUUUUGCUUAGUAGUGCUGCAGCCUCUCGCUGAACUGAUAAGGAAAAACUCAACUAUCAAUUGCAUCACUUGGUGCUUUGCUAAUAUAACACUUGCAAAAAAAAAAAUCUCGCGAUAACAUGGAAAGUAACGACGCACCUCAUUCCGAUGGCCCUUGUCGUCACCGUUUCCGAUGCCUACUUUGCUCCGAUACGGGUGAAUUCUGCAAUUGUUUGGAAAACGGCCACACGGACCAUCCGAAGCAACCGCUUGUGUCGGAUGAGCUUCUUUUGAGUAAGUACGGCUCCAAAGCUAAUGUCGCCGAAUACUCGGAGAUCGCCAUAUUUGGCUGUCCGUAUUGCGACCGUCAGCAGCUGAGCAUAUCGACACUGUACGACCACCUCACGCUGGAACAUCUAGAUGUUCCGUUCAACGUACGUUGUCCGAUUUGCGUGUGCUUCGGUGGUAACUAUUCGCUUAUCAAAGAUAUCCAUCUGUCAAAGCAUCUCGUCGACGACCACAGCGUCACCAUGGAGCAGUAUCAUGAACAGAUACUGGUUUAUGACACCUACUGCGAUGACGAGAAGGAUUUGCUCAAAUUUAUCGCGUGCACCCUGCCACCGACCUACUACGGUGGGGAAGACCAAGGAGUAACGUCACCAACGACAAGUGCCAAUGUAGCAAAACCAACGAAUGCGUUCAAAACACUUGGUCGUAUGUGUUCGAUUUGUUUGGAUUUUGUUUUCGAAGCGAGCUGCCGGGAGCUGACCUGUAAGCACAAAUUUCACGCCGAUUGUAUCGAUCUAUGGCUGCAGCAGAGCUCAACGUGCCCGGUUUGCAGGAAACCGACCGGGCGAUGAAAUUAUUUUGUAUAUAUUUGUAACGUUGAUUACUUUCUUAGGUAAAAAUCAACCUACUACAAACAGAUUGUGACCACUGAAAGUAUAAAGUGAAUUAUCAAAAAUCUUAUGCAAAAUUGUUAAUAAAAUUUUAUACUGAGCAUUGUAUAUGCUCAAGAUAGAACUAAAAGUCC